CAACACAUCCGUUUAAUUUUAACUACCGGUUAAGUCCUAAUAGUGAUUGGUUAAUUCUUAUCAAAUGUGAUUGGUCAAGUCCAGUGGAAUAACCAGCUAGUUAAGUUAACUGGAGGUUGUGGAACUAGGCCUCAAUGCGCACUAGUGCAAGCAACCGAAUUUGCUAUUAGAGUGAGAAAACGUAUAUUUGUCUCACUUCAAUUUAUUAGGUUGGUUUUUCGUUUCUGUACUGCUAAAUUGAUGCAAUAAAUUAAAGCGAAAAAAAAUAUACAUGUCUCACUCUAACUUAUUGCACCAGUUCAGCAGUACAGGAACAGAAAACAGACCCAUCGCAUAGUUCAGGAAUGCAGUUACAAAGAACAGGUUUAUUGUAAAUUCGAAUCCUGAAUAAAUUAAAUUCUUGUAUUGAUUCAAUAAUGUAUAGGCACAUAUACGUUACAUGAAUAAUAAUUUAUACAUAAAUUGUUUUGUAAAAAUAGCAAUAUUUAAAGUUCGAAAUAUUUAAAGGUCAAUUUAAUAUUCUAUUAUAUAUCGAUCAGUCGAUUACUGUCGAUUGAAACAAAUAGCUGGUGCUUCUCUCAACGGGCGAAAGGUAAUUGCAGAUGACAUUAAUAUGAUGGACAAUAAUCAAGAAGACAGAACUGUAAAUAGUUCAUUGUUAACUCCAAUUGAUAUUAUUGAUUUAACGAAUGAGUCGCCAAUUAGAGCUACACAAGUACAUAAAAAACGCUUAGAAAAUGCACUUACAAGUGGUAACAAUAUUCCAAUGGAUUUAAGCCAUACCUCUAAACAUAAAAAGUAUGUGUCAAGCAGCAAUAAAAUAAAAAGUUCUACUGUAUCUACUAAUUUGAAAACAAAACAUAAGAAUGUUACAAAACAUAUGGAGGAUACUGUGACUCUUGAUGAUACAGUCUGUGUUUCUGAUGAUGAUAAACACUAUGUAACAGAGUCAGAUAAUGGAAAACCAUUACCCUUAACAUGCCCGAUAUGUUUUGAACCAUUAUGUUCCAAAUUAAAACCCACUACUACUCAUUGUGGACAUAUCUUUUGUGCGCAAUGCUUAGAAGCACAUUUUCUUAAAUCCAAGAAAUGUCCCACGUGCCAAAGAACUAUUUCAUUAAAAUCCUGUACACGUUUAUUUUUGUAGAUAAGUUUUCCUUAUUCAAAUAAAAUUUGUAAUUUUUAUAUUUUACAUUAAUUUUAACUUUAUUUAUAUCAUUUGUAUUGGAUUAAUCACAAAAACUGUAUUUACUAUAUUAACAUAUAUUUUUGGCAUUUUUUCCUUUUAUCAGGCUUAUUUUGCUAACCUGCUAUUGGGAAAAAUUAUUUAUUUUGUUACUUGUAAGCUAACUAUAGUGCAUAAGGUUAAAAUUUUGUAUUAGCAUUGAUUUAGUAUGUAACAGUUAAGUAAAACGUGUGUGUGUGUUUAUGUAUUUUAAGUAAAUGUAUAAUAAAUUAUAAAGUAUAUAAUCAAAAA